AUGAAUCUUCCCAAUCGGCGUCAGAAUCUCCACUGCAUUGCUUAUGCUACUGAGGCGUUGACCUCUGCACUCGACAGUGUUGGCUUGAGUGAGAGCUACCUCCUUUGGGGUAGUCUUUUGGGAUGGUAUCGUCACGAUGGAGGAAUCAUCCCAUGGGACUUUGAUGGUGAUAUUGCGGUAAUGAAAGAGUCGUGUAAUGCAACCUUUGAUGCUCUCCACGCUAAGAACAAUAAUAUCAAGAACAUUGCUCAAGCGGUGGACGAGCUACUCCCGAGAGGCUUUCACAUGGUCACCAUUACUGAUGACGGUGUUAGUCGGGAUUUGGACACUUUCUGGAAGUGUGAAGUCCAGGAGUUGAGAAUCGAAGGGUAUUGGCCGGGGACUGAGGACCGCAUGUGCUACACUGAUCUUUGGUUUCUUGAUCAUGAAUCGAGUGAGGGAGCUAAUUGCCAAU